AUGGAUGACAACCAGGCUGUUCAAUAUUUGGACUCGUUGAUCGGCCAAACACUACGCGUGCACGCAACAGACACUCGCAUUUUCGUGGGCAUCUUCAAGUGCACGGAUGCGGCUCGGAAUGUCAUUCUCGCCAACACAUUCGAAUAUCGUUAUCCAACAACGACGGCCAUUCGAGAUGCAGCCCUGCACUUGACAACUGAGAGCUUGGAAGAGACGCAGAACCUAAAAUUAAAUAUGACCAGUCGAUUUAUUGGUCUUGUGGUGGUGCCGGGUCAACACAUCACGAGAAUCGAGUUGGAGGAGACCCCGCAACAAAGUCGCGUGCGGGAGUCAGUCCAGACAUCGUGA